UUCACGUUUGUGCAAUUCCUUAAGAAGAUGGACGAAUAAGCGAAACAUAACCAAUCAAAAUUGACAAGUGCUGACUUUCCAAAAAAUUAAGAAAAGAAAAAAUAAGUAAAUAAAAAAAUAAAGUAAAAGCUAAAAAAUAGUAAAGUUCAAUGGGCGAGGCACAUUACGCGCGACUGUGGCUGGAGGCGUGCGGAGAUCUCGAAAAGCUGAUGGCGGACGACAAGGUGGUCCAGGAGGGCGAGCCGAUCGAGGACAGCGAGGUCGCAACGAACGCCGUGUUGAAACUCUAUUUUCGUUACCGGCGAAUGGUGCGGCGCCUGACGAGCUGCCACGACCAGAUUGUCCAACCGCAAAUCCGAGAGCUGCUCGGCAAGCAGCUGGAUUGCUCGAUCGCGCGCAUGCUCGAGUGCCGCCGGGAGCUCGUCGACCUCACCUGCCUCGAGUGCCCAUGGCCCCACGACGUGCUGCUCGACAUGAAACUCACGCCGGAAGACGUACGGCUGACGGCGCCGGCCUACGACGCGGCGGCUCGCGAGGCCGAGGCGGCGCGGCGCAGAGGAGUCGUCGAGGCCGCAGCCAGGCGUGAGUCGCGCUUCCAAUUACCGCGCUCGUCGUGUCGCCUUGACGGAGCCGAAAGCGACUUGUCGCUCCGCGCUCGUCGCUCGUUGGCGGAGCCGCCCAGGCUCUGCCAGCUGACCUACGCGUCCGAGGCCGAGGGGUCGAGGACGGGCUUCCGGACGAGGAGACCGAGGGCCAAAUCCCAGGCGACGGUCCCAGUCGUGGACGUCGCACCCGUGGAGACGCCCGAGAAGAAACGCCAGUGCGAGGCUGUCACGCUGAUCCAGAGCCACGAGCGGGCCAGGGUCGGCAGACGCGCCGCCCGCGCCGCGGUCGCCGAUCGCGAGCUGCGGGCGAGACUGGCGAUGGACGAGCUGCGGCCACGCACGGCGACGCCAGCCGAGCAGACGAGGGCCGCCUCCGUGAUCCAGCGGGGCUGGCGACGCCUCCGCGCGCGUCUCCACUUCGAGCGGCGGAUCGAGCAGCUGGAGGAGCUGCUCGGCAUGACGAUGCCCAGCUGGAGGCCCCGCGACGCCCAGCUGCUCGGCGAGCUGGCUUUCCGCGAGCGGCUCGACAUGCAGCUGCGCGCGGCCGAGCUUCGCGACCGCGAGGUCGCCGCCCAGCGCGAGCGGCUGUGGCAGGUGCGCGGCCCGGCCCUCGUCGAGGACGUGCGCGACGAGGUCCGCCAGUGGCUGCUGCUCUGGUUCGACGAGUUGGGCCACUUCGACUCCGUGCCCGCGCCCGAGGACGGCGGCUCGCUGCUGAUCGCCACGGGACAGGUGCGCACGCCGGCCGAGUACUUGGCCGCGCCGGCGGACGCCGCCGCGGGCAAGAAGCCCGCGCGGGAGUCGCCGACCGACGCCGAGGAGGAGGAGGAGGAGGAGGAGCCGGUCGAGCCCGAGGGCUGGCAAAUGUCGCCGUCGCGCGCGUUCCCGCUGCUGGCGGAGGCGAGCGCGGAGUUCGCGGAGCGCUGGUCGCGUCGCGCCGAGGAGCAGGUCCUCGACCCGCGCGCCGCGCUGAUCGCCGAGCUGUCGACCGAGCCCUUGUGCCACGAGCUGCAGCUGGAGAUGCGCCGCGCGGCCGACGAGGCGAUGCGCGCGCAGCUCGACGAGCUGAACCGCGCGCUCGCGGCCGACGCCCUCGAGGACGGGGCGCCCUUCGCGCCGCCCAAGCCGCAGACCUUCCCAAGGCCGGAGGCGGCGCCGACGCCCAAGGCGCGCCCGGAGCCGCUGGCCGGGGAGUCCGAGGACGAGCUGCUGCUCGAGCUGAGCAGGCAGGAGGUGCUGCGCGACUGCCCGCGCGAGCGGCUGAGCGACUGGCCGGGCGCCCUGAGCCACGAGGUCCGCGCCGACGCCGCGGCCCGCCUGGGCGACCUGCUGCUGCCGGUGAUGGACUACUGCGUGCUGCCGCUCGGCUCGCGGCGCCUGAGCGGCCUCGCGCCCGCGGUGCGCUCGGUGUGCCUCUGCGGGCCGCCGGGCUGCGGCCAGCUGUUCGUCGCGCGGGCCGUCUGCGCCGAGCUGAAGGCGACGGUGUUCGACCUGACGCCCGAGCGCCACGUCGGCCGCUUCCUGCGCAGGGCCCAGCAGGAGCGGCUGGCCCAGGCGGUGCUCCGGCUGUCCAGGGCGUGCGCGCCCUCGGUCGUGCUGGUGGAGGGCGAGUCGGCCUUCCUGAGGUGGGUGCCGCCGGAGCUGCGCCCGGCGCAGCCCAAGCGCUUCGCCGCCGUGUACCGCAAGAUCGUCCGGGGCAUCGCGCCCGGCGACCAGGUUCUCUUUCUCACGGCGUCGCAGCAGCCCUACAUGGCCGCGCGCUCCUUCGUCAAGCUCCACGACAAGUUCAUCGUCGUACCGGUCGCCGACCGCGGCACGCUCUACCGCCUCUUCAAACACGGCCUGAUGCGCCGACCGAACGUGCACCGACACGUCGACGUCUCCUGCCUGGCCAGCGUCUGCGCGGCCAGCGGGACGCCCCUCGAGCUCGCCGACCAGGCCCUCGAGCUGGCCACCUCGAUCGGGCGCCGGAUCCGCCUCAAGAGGCAGCCGCUGCGGCCCGCGGAGAUCCUCGAGCAGCUCUUCCGGCUGGGACUGCCGUGCCGCGAGGUGGACAGCUUCGCCAAGUUCCGCGCCAAGCUGCCGCUGGAGCUCAGGCGCCAGGAGCUCGAGCAGCAGCUGGCCGAGCGGCAGCAGGACAAGAGCAACAAGCGAUAGAUCGGGUAUUCGUCGGGCGUACCUAUCCGCGCGCUUCUUUCCCGAGAAUGCCGCAUGCUUAAUCGACC